UUUCCUUGACAUGAAACGUCAAAAUCCUAACCAAAAAUUUUUGUUUGUCAAUAUGACGAAAUUCUCAAAAUAUAAUGUACAGAAACGCAAGUAAAGUUAAAGUGCCUCUUAGGUAUCUCCUAAGAAAUGCGCAAAAUCAAGAAAAAUCUCCCAAUACCACCCUUCCAACGACCAUCUUAACCAAAGGGAUUUGUAGAUGUUUAAGCAGCAAUACUAAAAUCACAAAAACUAUAAAUAACGAAUUCAAUGCUGUUUGUAGUCUUAUAAAACGAUCCGGUCUUGAUGACAUAACCAAACUUCCAAGAUACCUAAACACACGGCAGUUUCAUAAAAGUACUUAUAGAAGUAGCGCAACUGGUCCUACUGAUCCCAAAAAACGACCUGAUAAAAACGAAAAUAAUAAUGACGAUGAUGAUAAUAAAAUUUCAUCGUUAUUGGCCAAAGCAUUUCUUUGGAUGUUAUCAGCUUAUAUGGUUAUUGCUAUUAUAUCGUUAAUGUUUCCAAGUAGUAAUCAACCAGAAGUUGUGAGGUACGUUUCGUGGAAUGAAUUUUUAUAUCAAAUGUUGGCUAAGGGGGAAGUUGAAGAAAUCAUCGUCCGACCUGAUGUGGAGAUUGUUACUAUUAUUUUAUUUGAUGGAGCGGUUAUUAAAGGAAAAAAGGCUGAUCAUAAAACUUACCACAUGAACGUAGUGGAUAUCCAAAAAUUUGAAGAUAAACUACGGGAAGCCGAACGAAGAUUAGGAAUCACAGAUGGUGUUCCGGUAGUUUAUGAACGUGGUGGAGAUUCAGCGGGGAAAUUAGUUUUAUCAUUAUUCAUCGUAGGUUUAUUACUUUCGAUCAUAGCGAGAAGUAGAAAUAUCAGAACAACAAUUAGUAUGGAUGGGUUUACGCAAAUGGGGAAAGCUAAAUUUACCUUGGUUGAUCCUCUAAUUGGAACAGGAAAAGGUGUAAAAUUCGCCGAUGUUGCUGGUCUUCGCGAAGCUAAACAAGAAGUAAUGGAGUUUGUUGAUUAUUUGAAACGACCCGAACAUUAUAAAAGUUUAGGGGCGAAAGUACCAAAAGGAGCUCUUUUAUUAGGACCUCCCGGUUGUGGAAAAACGCUUUUAGCAAAAGCUGUGGCUACGGAAGCUAAUGUACCGUUUUUAUCAAUGAAUGGAUCAGAAUUUAUUGAAAUGAUUGGGGGAUUAGGAGCUGCGAGAGUACGAGAUCUUUUUAAAGAAGCGAAAAAGCGUUGUCCUUGUAUCAUUUAUAUCGAUGAAAUUGACGCGAUUGGACGAAAAAGAAGUGGGGAAUUAGCUGGAGCUACCGGAUCAACCGGGGAAAGUGAACAAACGUUGAAUCAAUUGUUAGUUGAAAUGGAUGGGAUGUCUACGAGGGAAAAUAUUAUAAUGUUAGCUUCAACAAAUAGAGCCGAUAUUUUAGAUAAAGCCUUAUUAAGACCUGGAAGGUUUGACAGACACAUUUUAAUCGAUCUCCCCGAUUUAGACGAAAGAAAACAAAUUUUUGAACAACAUUUAAAAAGCAUCGUUUUAGAACAACCCCCACCAUCUUAUUCCAGACCUUUAGCGUUUCUUACACCAGGUUUUAGCGGUGCUGAUAUCGCAAAUAUUUGUAACGAAGCUGCUUUACACGCCGCUCGAUGUAAAAAGAAAAAAGUCUGUAAGGACGAUUUAGAAUAUGCCGUUGAAAGAGUUGUUGGUGGAACUGAAAAGCGAAGUCACGCGAUGACUCCCGAAACUAAACGAAUCGUCGCUUAUCACGAAUCGGGACAUGCUUUAGUUGGAUGGAUGUUAAAGCACACCGAUGCGUUACUUAAAGUUACUAUUGUACCAAGAACUAAUUUAGCUUUAGGGUUUGCUCAAUAUAUACCGAGAGAUCAAAGGCUUCAUAGCACGGAAGAAUUAUUCGAAAAAAUGUGUAUGACAUUAGGAGGAAGAGUAGCAGAAUCAUUAACAUUUAACCGAAUCACAACUGGCGCCCAAAACGAUUUAGAAAAAGUCACAAAAAUGGCGUACGCCCAAGUGAGAGAAUUCGGUAUGAAUAGUGUGGUUGGUUUGGUUUGUUUCCCAGAUAGAGAAAUAAAAGAGAAAGGUCGAAAACCGUUCAGUAAAAGAUUAAGUGCUGUUAUUGAUGAAGAAGUACAAAAAUUAGUUACAAGAGCUUAUAAACGAACCGAACAAGUUCUUUUACAACAUAGAGAUAAAUUAGAAUUGUUAGCUGAAGAACUCUUAAAAAAAGAAACGUUGAACUAUGAUGAUGUUGAAGCUCUUAUUGGCCCACCCCCUCACGGGAAGAAGAGGCUAAUUGAACCAGCGGAAUUUGAAGAAUCAGUUAGAAAAGAAGCCGGUGAUACUUUACCAAAUCCACCCAAAAUAAAUCAAACAGCAAAAGAAAGACCUCCGUCUUCUAAAGUAUAGAUUAGAAACGAACGUAAUACUUUAAUUUUUAGUAUUAUUUAUAGGAAAUUACAUAUUUUGUUAUUGUGUGAAAUAAUAAAACAAUGUGUCUG